CAGGUUGCCGCCGUGAACAAGUACGACCCCCCCCAAGAAGUGGCAGCUUCUCAGGACCACAUGACUCACAUCAUGUACAGCAUGAUGCAACCCCAGCACAUCUUCAACAGCACCCUGCCCAGCCUUGAUGCUCCCUACCCCAUGUUGGUGUUGACUGGACCGUUGGCCUGCUGGAAGCGAGAACUUUGUCACCGGCUGUGUCGGAAGUUCAACAAUUAUUUCAGAUACAGCCCCUGUCAUACCACCAGGAGCCCUUAUUUCGGAGAAGAGAACAAAUUAGAUUACCAUUACGUAUCUCAGGAGGAAUUUGACAAGAUGGUGAACACG